GACAGUCGACCUCAGCUCUCGCGUCGAAUUUGUUCUGAUGUCUUCAACUAACUCAACUCGGUUUCCCUGGAGCCGCUCUUUGAAUUACAAGAAUAGCUAAAAGUAGGGUAGAAGGGGAAGCAUUCGCCAGUGGGGCACAUAUGCCACCACCAAUUAUCUUUAAAAUUAAAUAAGCUAUUGAUAAUCGAAAAACGAUAUUUUGUGCAUUUAUCGAUGAUCUUCCACCUCUCACUCUUUGGUAGUUUCAUUAUAUGUACAUGUGCUCGAGGACGGACGAGGUUUUAUGUUUUACGGACUACCGCGAAAAUAUUUGGUUCACGGCUUCACCUGUACAAAUAUACCUCAAAUCAAGUUUUUACAAAACAUCAAGAAAAAGAGAUAUGCGAGUAUUUUAAAGCAUGCUCUAACCCACAGCACGGCUUCACCUGUACAAUGGCACGGAAGUUUGUAUUUGAAUAUGCCACAAUAAAUGAUAUUGCCAUGCCUUUAUCAUGGGUGGAUAAUGAAAAAGCUGGAAUUGACUGGAUUCAAGCAUUUAUGAAAAGUAAUCAAGACUUGAGUUUGCGAAAACCUCAAAAUACAAGUCUUUAUCGACUGACUGUAUUUAAGAAAAGCGCAGUAAUGGAGUUUUUCGAUAAUAUGCAGCAUUUGCUCAAAAAUAAUUCAUUGUCUCCGUGUGAUAUUUAUAAUUUAGACGAAACGGGUAUUACUACUGUGUUGCAAUCACCCAAGGUUAUUUCUUCAAAAGGAAGACGAACAGUUUCUCAAGUGGCGUCUGUAGAAAGAGGAUCGCUUGUGACAAUGGUAGGCAUUGUAAAUGCUUCUGGUAACGCUCUACCACCUGUCUAUGUGUUCCCUCGUAUAAAGUAUAAAGAACAUUUCGUGAAUGGGAGUCCCAACGGUUGUCUGGGGAUAACAGAUAAGAGCGGAUAGAUGACAGCUCAAGGCUUUAUAGAAGUCCUAAAGCACAUCAAAAAUAACACUCGGUGUUCCAAGGAGAAACCAAUAAGCCUUUUCCUAGACAAUCACGUCUCCCACUGCAGUCUAACAGCAAUCAUAUUUUGCAGAGAAAAUGGUAUUCAUAUGAUUACUUUUCCGCCACAUACGUCACACAAGCUCCAACCAUUGGUUGUUUGGUCCGUUUAAAAAGUACUUAGCGACUUCGUUCAAUUAUUUCCUUGUAUCCAAAUCUGGUAGAAUAAUUACAAUUUACAAUAUAGGUACUAUCGCUAUCUAAUAUCCCAUUUCGGAAGGCAUUUGCUGCUGAAAACAUUUGCAAAGGAUUUGAAAUGACAGGUAUAAGCCCAUUUAACAAACAAAUAUUUCCUGAAACAGACUUCAUAAACGAACCAAAUGAAGAACAUCCAACCGCUGACAAUGAUAAUGAACCUAUACUUCAACAAGAUGCGAUUUCAAAUGAACCUGAUGUCCUGUUUGAGCCUCCAGUCACACCCCCACCUCUUCCUAAAACUCCGGAGCAAGUCCGUCCACUCCCUAGAAUUCAACAAUCUAAAUCUGACAAAAGAUAGGGAAAAUCCACAAUCUUGACAUCUACUCCAUUAAAAGAAGAAAAGGAACGACCACAGCAGCAAAAGAAAAAACAAGCAAAGAAACCAUUGGUAUGAAAAGGAGUUCCGAAAAUAAUUAAUAAAAAACGUAAAACCUACGUCGACUCAUUAUCUGACUUAGCAGAUGCCUUAAGCUUCGCUGAAUCCGACAGAUCUGUUGGUUCGUGUGUAGAACCAGAGAGCCUUGGUGAGAUCAAAUUCGUGCUUGUUCGAUUUGGUGGGCAGGUAGAUAAGUUCUAUGUUGGCAAGAUAUUGUCUGAAUGUCCGAACUCGGUAACUUUUGAUUUUUUAAGAAAAAAGCCAGGUUCAUGGACAUUUUAUGAACCAUGUGUUAACGACAUAUCCUAUAUUCCAAAAGAUGACAUUGCCCUGAAGUUGCCGGACCCAAGCCAUUCCGCAGGAACGUCCCGAUCAGCUGCAACAUACAUAUUUGAAGUAGAUAUGUCGCAGUACAAUGUAUGUAAAACUCGUCACUAUAUCGCAUUUAUUUUUUAUGAAUUACAUAGU